ACCACAACAUCUCCAUCUCGCCCACCGCAGGCACCAUGCCGGCCGACCGCCUCCUCUCGACGCUGCUGCGCGCGCUGCAGGUCUACACCGACCAGGAAGACACGCCACGCAUCCUCGGCACCGCGUCCUCCCUCCUCACCUCGCUCGGCAACCCGCACAACCUCUCGCUCCUGACCUCGCACCUGCUCACGGCGCCCGCGCUCUGGGACCGCCCCGACGGGCUCCGCACGCCCCUGCGCCUGCUCUCCGUCUUCCAUGCCGCCGCCACAGCCGUCCUGACCCACCACCACGACGCCCGGCACCACACGGCGCCCGCGCUGCAGCCCGGCCAGACGCCCGUCGGCGGCGGCCUGGGCCUUGAUGCGUGGAUCAAGGCCGUGGUCGCGGGCGCCGACGAGCGCAGCAGGCGCUGGAAACACCUGCUCGUGCUCGGCGGGCUGCUGAUCGGACUCGGCAGCCUGGAGGAGCAAGGCGUGGAUUUGUACUGGGCGGGGGGCGUACGGGGCAAGCUCGAGGCCGCGCUGGUGGACGCGGCGAAUCUGGCGCUGGAGGAGGUUAGGGAGCGCAGUGAGGCGGAUGGGCUGGGUGGGCAGACGGUGGUGUUGGUGCUGAAUCAUGCGUUUGGGUGUGUGCGGGACGCGGAGCGCGCGAGGGUCGAUUACGACUUGGCGCUGCCGGUGCUGAUUGGGACCGCCUUCUACUCGGUCGAGGGGUUCCAGAGCGCGUAUUUUCUGGGCGGGCUGGAUUUGGAUGUCAGGGUUGGGAGGGACGGGAGGCUGGAUUGGAGUGCGGCGUCGAGCUCGUUCAGGCAGGUCGAGGGCAUUCUGGCGCGGCCGCUGGUGGCGUCGAUGGGGCCGUUGUCGCGGCUGAUUGCGCAUGCGGUCGAGAAUGUGAGGAAUCCGUGGAUCAUCCGGACCAUGAUGGACGAUCUGGCGAGCUUUGCGCGCGCACUCACAACGCAGUGGCGGCAGGUCAAGCUCUCGGAUAUCGACCCCGCCGACGAGGCGGCACAUCUCGAGGAAGAGGCGCUUCACACAACGACCCCUCAGCUGUGGAAGCUGCUGAAGGCGGCUCUGUUCGCCACUACUAUAAUCCUGCGCGGCGUCUUCACGCGCACCCUCCGCGAUCCAGUUCUCGCGUCCGACACUAACGCUCCAGCGCUGGCCUCCAAAGCCCUCCACACCCUCCGCCACAUGUACUUCAUCACCUCGCGGCUCGGCCCCGCGUCCUUCUCGCAACACACCUUCGUCUACCUCACCGCCAUCGACAUCCUCUCCACGCACCCCGCCGCCGCCACCAAAUUCCUCUCCCACAUCGCCCCGCCCCACCUCGGCACCGUCCCCUCGCACCCCCUCGACCGCACGCUCGACCUCUACUUCCUCAACACCAGCGAGCACUUCACCCUCACCCUCCCCGCCCCCAUCAACGAAACCCUCCUCAUCGCAACCGCAAUCCCGUACCUCACGCCCUCGCCGUCGCACUCGCAAACCCCCGCCUUCGAAGCCGCCCACUCCGUCAUCCUCUCCGUGCUCUCCGCGCCCCAGAGCGCAGCCACAACCGCAACCCACCUACCCUUCUACAUCGACGCGCUCUUCACCGCGUUCCCACACACCCUGUCGCCGCGCCAGUUCCGCCUCGCCUUCAAAACGCUCUUGCGCGUCACCGCGCCCCCCUCGCCCCUGAGCGCCUCGCACCCCGAUCUCCCCGCCACCCUGCUCGAACUCGUGCUCCACCGCGCAACGCACGCGCCCACCGCCCCGCUCCCGCCCGACGCCACCGCGCUCGCGCUGCAAGGGAGCGACGCCCCGCCGCCGCCGCUGUCGGAGCAGGCGGUGCUGGCGCUGGCGCUGGUCGAUGCGCUGCCGUAUGUGGAUCCGGGGGUGUUGGGGGAGUGGCUGCCGCUUGUGGCGGGGCUGGUGAGUGGGAUUGAGGACAGCGGGAUGAGGGGCGCGGUGCAGGAGAGGGUUUGGGAGGUGCUGGUGGGCGAGAUGGAUGCGGAGAGGGGUGGGGUGGCGGUGGGGUGGUGGACUACGGGGGGUGGGCGGGAGGCGGUGUUGUUUGGAAGGGAGGAUGCGGGGAGCGGGGAGGUGUUGAUGAGUGGGGCGUUGCCGGUUGAGGCGGUGAGGGCGCGGUUGUAGGUUUGAGAGGGAUAGGAGAUGGAGAUUGAGGAGAUGACGAGAUGAUGGAGAUGAAGACAUGGGGAUGAUGGAGCUACCCCACGAUAUACCCACACCAACGCACCGCUCCCAUACAUAGCCAUCACAAUGCGAAACGAAUACCCUACCGC